ACAUCAGCACCUAACAAAUUGUUGGAAUAAAGUCGUGGAAACUGUCUGUUUUGUUAUGGACUGGUUGGGCAAUCAUCGCAUCAUAGCCAUGCAACCGACCAAACCGAUAGCAUUGACUCAACAAUGCGAGACACCGCGUCAAGUACACCAGAUAAUACCAAUAAACCAGAGGACGAGAUGGUGUUAAGAGGCUUGUACCAUAUCAUAGUUCUUGGCUCCCAAACUUUGGCCAUUAAGUUGCUAGAAGUCAUUUCGGAGAACUUAGAUAUUCCGGGAAAUCUGUAUAGCGCGAAACGCGAAUAUGCUGAAGAAUGUCUUCGCUUGGUGGAGGAAAAGUACUAUCCAACUUUGGAUGUUAUUGAAAAGGCGUCCGACCUUUUGGUGGAACUAACAAGAGAUUUCGAACCUCACAAAAUUGACAUAUUUAACUCAUACGUUGGUCGUGCUCAAUUGGAGAUACAGCUUUGUCGUGAUUUUCUCGAUGAGGCAAAAACUGCCAUUGACGAAUUGAUGGAAAAAGUUAGCACAGAAAAAUGUGUGUCACGUGGCGUGCGUUAACUAGGAUGGGGAGUCACGUGUUACUCUUUGUAUCGUAUUACAUCAUCCACAUCUAAACUCGAGGAUCUUACAAGCUACGUUGUCCCUUUGAGGAGUGCUGCAGUAAAGAAAUUAAUCCUUCGGUUGCCUUAUCUGGCAGGCUGCGCGAUUUCUGGCUACUUGUGGUUGUCUUGUUUCCGCCCAAAACGUGCUUACGAGCUCCGAGAAAAUCUUGAAAAGAUGCAAUGCAAGCAUAAUCUUUUUAUUAUGCAGUUAAACUACUUAGACAGACGACUGGAAUUGUUGCAGAAUGAUUUUUCUCGUCGGGAUAGCGUUUAGCACAUUUAAUGAAUACUUUAUGAAUACUUUCAAGUAAAUUGAAAACGAGCUAACUGACAACGUGCAGUAAAUAAAAUCCCACCUCACUGAGAUGUUGCUAGUCAAUUUGUGUAAGUGUACACGCAUUCUGUAUGAAUAAUAUUUGAAAC